AUUUCGAAUCCUUCAACGACACGGAAAUUAAGAGCAAAGAAAAAUUAAAAACAUUUUUUUGUUGUUCGUUUCACAGCCCCAAACCAAACCCUAACCCUAAUUUUCCUUCUUCAUCAAUUUCAUUUAAAUACCCCCCACCACCCUUCUCUUCUUCCUCAUUCGCCACACCAUUCUCAAUUUUCAAUUUUCCCCCAUUAUUUUCUUCUCUGGGUUCUUCUCGAACAUUUGAUUCCAUCCCCCCUUUUCUGUCUCUUUGAUUUUUAGAGCCCGUGCAAUUUGAGAAACGAUCCCUGUUUCAGUUUUUCUUUUACUCUGUGAUAUUUUUCUUCUCAUCCGCCGAAAUAGAUCGGAGAAUUUUUGAAAGAGUUGUGAAUGGUGGAAGAAAAUUCUAGUAGUAGUAAUUACAUGCGCUCCCUUUUGGAUUCAAGGGCGAGCGCUCGUCUUCCUCUCUCUGCUGCUUCUUCUUUCGCUUUUGGUUCUUGCAAGGAAGGCUGGUACUACCGCUGCCUUGGAGUUGACCCUUGAGAGUUCUCUUUCUUUUCUCUCAACCCCAUUACAAGGAUUUUGUUUUUUUUUUAACUUUUUUGUUUUUUGCUAUUUCUCUCUUUUGAUUUUUUGAUCGCGGCGUUAGCUUCGGUAAAUCUGUCGGGGCUAUCGUCGAUUGCCGAUUCUCUGUUUCGGAUAGAAUUUGAAAGAAAUAAAAAAAAGAAGGGGUUUGGAUUUUGAAUUUGAUAUUUUAUUUUAUGAAGAUGUUGCUGUACAAGCAGAAGAAGAAUCAGAAUGUUAAGGGCAACAGGCUCUUGAUCAGCAUCAAUGUCCUCGGUAGUGCGGGUCCGAUUCGAUUUAUUGUCAACGAGGAGCAACUUGUUGCUGCUGUUAUUGAUACCGCGUUGAAAUCUUACGCGCGUGAGGGCAGGCUACCGAUUCUUGGGUCCGAUCUUAGAGAUUUUCAGCUUUACUGCCCAAAUUCUGGACCAGAUGCCUUGUGUCCAUGGGACACAAUUGGAUCGCACGGAGCUCGAAAUUUCAUGCUGUGCAAGAAACCACAGCCAGAGAAAGUGCCAGAAGAUGGAAAAUCCCCACGAUCGCCGACCAUCUCUCGCAAAGGCACAGGAAGCUGGAAGUCAUGGAUCAACAAGUCUCUGAAUUUGAAAAUCUAUUCUCAUUGAAUGAGAUGACGACAACAGCUGGUGAUUGCUAUCAAUUAGGUUGGUUUUAGUUAUUUGGGUGAGUUGUGGACCUUGGCAAUUUGGUUUUUCUCGUUCUUGUCGUAGUUGUUGGACCCAUGAUUCAACUUUCAAAAAGUUGGGUGGGUUGGGUGGUGGGUUCCCCUCUCUUCUUGAAAUAAACAGUGUAUUCCUUAGAAUUUAUCGCUUUCAAAUAAAUUACAUCUUAGUUUUUCAAUUGCCAUGUAUUGUUCAUGGUGGAUUCAACUUUCAAAAAGUUGGGUGGUGGCUUUCCCUCUCUUCUUGAAAUAAACAGUGUAUUCCUUAGAAUUUAUCGCUUUCAAAUAAAUUACAUCUUAGUUUUUCA